GACAGUCCUUUCAGAAUGCAGAAGCUGGUGCUGGGGAUACUGGCCGUGUUCGUCCUCGGAAUGAACAGGCCCUGUGCAGCUGUCCCGGUGUACGACUACGACCUGCCCUCCCUGCGGCAGGCCCUGAGCGCCUCGGUGGCGGACGUGAACUCCCGGUCCGUGAGCCCGUUCCUGUUCCGGGCGUUCAGAGGCUCCGUGAAAAGGGUCAACAUGCUGGAUGAGGACAGCCUGAGCAUGGACAUAGAAUUCAGCGUCCGAGAGACCACCUGCCGGAGGGGCUCCGGGGAAGACCCCGCCACCUGUGACUUCCAGAGGGGCCACUACGUGCCGGCAGCCGCCUGCAGGAGCACCGUGCGGAUGUCGGCCGGGCAGGUGCAGGACGUGUGGGUGCGCUGCCGCUGGUCCUCCAGCUCCGAGUCGGACAGCAGCGAGGAGAUGGGUUUCAGGUUUAUCAUGGGAUCCUCCAGAUGGAGACACAGUGAUCUGUUUGAUCUUGCUCCUGGCGGGCCCACGGGCGAGCAGUUUUUCGGGCGGUCGCUUGAGGCCAUGAGGAGGGUCUUUCCCCCCGGAAAUAGAAGGUCCCCGGGCCCGUGGCACCGAGCGAGGGUCUACUCGGGCUUUGAGUAGAAGCCUGGAGGUAAGAACGCCCAG